AUGUAGGAAAGCCAUUAAAACCUCUGCCAUUUCUGCAAGAAGCCAGAAACAGAGCAUUCACCCCACAUCAAUUCUCUCUGGAUAUCCAUCUCUUUCUUCUGAAAGAGAUAAUGGGUUCCGGCGACUUUUGAUGCGGUUACUCUGUUGCAUCUUCAGGUCUGCUGCUCUUCGGUGUUGCUCUUCUUCCGUAAGCAAAUGCAGGGGACUGCGACCUGUUCAGCGGAAGGUGGGUUUUCGAUUCCUCCUACCCUAUGUAUUCUUCCUUGGAAUGUCCUUUCAUCGAGAGAGAGUUCAGUCGCGAGAAGAAUGGCCGGCCUGAUUUGGUUUACACCAAAUACAGAUGCCAGCCUCUUGGCUGUGAUUUAGCAAGGUACUGCCAAUUUUCUCCCCUGUUUUUUCAUUGAAUAUUUGCAGCUGUUUCUGUGUAUCAUUAUUGUAACACAUAAAAAGUUCAAAUAAAGUAGUAAUAAUAAA